UCAAGAGGCAAAAGAGAACUCUUUUUGAAGUUCUUGAGAAGGUGAAAGCCGAGUUGAUGAUUCUCGGCUUCAUCUCCUUGCUGUUGACGUUUAGUCAGGACCAGAUCGCGAAAAUCUGCGUGCCAAAGGCAGUUGCAGAUUCUAUGCUGCCAUGUCGCCCUGAUGCAGAGUCAACUGGCGGAAAUAAAAGGCGGCUGCUCGCGCUGGUGCUGACGGAGUCACACCUGAAGCGCAGGAUUUUAGCUGCUGGUGGUUCAGUGGUUGAAUGCCCCCCAGAAAAGGAGCAACUGAUUACUGCCACAGGCUUGCACCAGUUGCACAUUCUGAUCUUCUUUUUGGUUGUGUUUCAUGUGGUAAAUAGUGCUCUUAUAAUGGUCCUUGGAAGAGCAAAGGUGAAUCUGCAGUGACAGAGUAGUGGAUCACAUUAUGUAUCAUUCUGAAUAAUUCCAUAGCAUUGCCUGAGGAUGAUUUAGUUUAGCUGUUGCAGUAUCCACUUUGCAUUGAUAAUCUUCUCUUGGGCGG